AUGAGUUCGUCGCAGUCUCUUUCCGCUCACAAUUUCAAAGAUCUAUUGAAUUCCGUCGAAGCUUUUCUCUUCGAUUGCGAUGGUGUGAUUUGGAAGGGUGAUGAACUCAUCGAUGGCGCUUCUCAAACUCUCGACAUGCUUCGAUCCAAGGGGAAGAAGCUGGUGUUUGUCACCAAUAAUUCCUGGAAGUCUAGAAUUCAAUAUGCUGAAAAGUUCAAAUCUUUGGGAAUUUCUGUUUCCCCGGAUGAGAUAUUCUCGUCGUCGUUCGCAGCUGCUAUGUACUUGAAGGUUAACAAUUUCCCUUCGCAAAACAAGGUUUAUGUGAUCGGCGGGGAUGGUAUACUGGAUGAGUUGCAGCUUGCUGGUUUCACAGCUUUUGGUGGUCCUGGAGAUGCGGACAAAACAAUAGAUUGGAAGCAGAGCGGCUUUUUUGAACAUGAUAAGAGUGUUGGAGCUGUAGUGGUUGGUAUAGAUCCAAAAAUUAACUAUUACAAGCUUCAGUAUGGAACCCUUUGCAUACGCGAAAAUCCAGGAUGCCUUUUCAUUGCCACCAACCGUGAUGCCGUUGGGCAUAUGACUGCUUCCCAAGAAUGGCCUGGAGCGGGGUGUAUGGUUGCGGCCAUGUGUGGAUCAACCCAGAAAGAACCCAUUGUUGUAGGGAAACCAUCAACCUUUAUGAUGGACUUUUUAAUUGAGAAAUUCAAUUUAACUUGCUCCAAGAUGUGUAUGGUGGGUGAUAGACUAGAUACUGAUAUACUGUUCGGACAAAAUGCUGGUUGCAAAACUCUUCUAGUACUUUCAGGUUGCACAACUCAAUCAGAUUUACAAGACCCUUCAAAUAUAAUUCAGCCAGACUAUUAUGCAGCCAAAAUUUCUGAUAUGCUCGACUUAUCAGGAUCAUAA